UUUCAUCAUCCUUUAAUUAAUUCAAAUAUCAUAAGGGAAACAAAAAAAUGGGUUCCAAGGCAUUUCUGAUUCUUGGCCUUUUUUUGGCCAUAUUUGUAAUGAUAAGUUCUGAGGUUUUAGCUAGGGAGUUGGCUGAGACUUCCACCACUACUUCUGAAGAGGAUUCCAAGAAAUCCAGUAACAAAAAUGAAGUACAUGAAGCCGAAUAUGGCGGGUACCCUGGUGGUGGCGGUGGCGGUGGAUACCCUGGCGGCGGCCGUGGUGGUGGUGGUGGUGGAUACCCUGGCGGUGGCCAUGGUGGUGGUGGUGGCGGCCGUGGUGGUGGUGGAUACCCUGGCGGUGGUGGUGGCGGUGGUGGAGGCCAUGGUGGUGGUAGAUACUCAGGCGGUGGUGGACGUGGUGGUGGCGGCGGCCACGGUGGACGUGGUGGUGGCGGCAGGAAGUGUUGUUCCUAGAUACAAAGGUGAAUGAAUAGUAAUAUAUAAGUAUCACCUUGUACUAAUUAGUGGCAAGAUGUAGUAGUAAUAUUCUUGCUGCUUUAAAUUUGGAGCUUAUUGUAAGAAUUAUUAUCAAGAAAUAAAAGCCAUCAUGUAAUGUUUGUUAAUUA